GGCGGAGCGCGGCGGGCGGCGGUGCCGGCGGGGCCCGCGCCAUCCCGCACGAUGUCAGCGCAGGGCAAGUUCAAGAAGGACAAAGAGAUCAUCGCCGACUACGAGGCGCAGGUCAAAGAAAUCCGAACGCAGCUGGUGGAGCAGUUCAAAUGCCUGGAGCAGCAGUCGGAGUCGCGCCUGCAGCUGCUGCAGGACCUGCAGGAGUUCUUCCGCAGGAAGGCCGAGAUCGAGCUGGAGUACUCCCGGAGCCUGGAGAAGCUGGCUGAGCGCUUCUCCUCCAAGAUCCGCAGCUCCAGAGAGCACCAGUUCAAGAAAGAUCAGCACCUCCUUUCCCCUGUGAACUGCUGGUACCUGGUUCUGACGCAGACCCGUCGGGAGAGCCGAGACCACGCCACCCUGAACGACAUCUUCAUGAACAAUGUCAUCGUCCGGCUGUCACAGAUCAGCGAGGAUGUCAUCAGGCUCUUCAAAAAGAGCAAGGAGAUUGGCCUCCAGAUGCAUGAAGAGCUACUGAAAGUCACCAAUGAGCUCUACACGGUGAUGAAGACCUACCACAUGUACCAUGCGGAGAGCAUCAGCGCCGAGAGCAAGCUGAAGGAGGCGGAGAAGCAGGAAGAAAAGCAGUUCAACAAGUCAGGGGACAUCAGUGUGAACCUGCUGCGACACGAGGACCGGCCUCAGCGGCGCAGCUCUGUCAAGAAGAUCGAGAAGAUGAAGGAGAAGAGACAAGCCAAGUAUUCUGAAAACAAGCUGAAGUGUACAAAAGCCAGGAAUGACUACCUGCUGAACCUGGCAGCCACCAAUGCAGCCGUCAGCAAAUACUACAUCCACGACGUCUCCGACCUCAUCGACUGCUGUGAUCUGGGAUUCCACGCCAGCCUUGCUCGGACCUUCAGGACGUACCUGUCUGCUGAGUACAACCUGGAGACGUCCCGCCACGAGGGCCUGGACAUCAUCGAGAACGCCGUGGACAACCUGGACGCACGGAGCGACAAGCACACCAUCAUGGACAUGUGCAACCAGGUCUUCUGCCCGCCGCUGAAGUUCGAGUUCCAGCCACACAUGGGGGAUGAGGUGUGCCAGGUGAGCGCCCAGCAGCCCGUGCAGACCGAGCUGCUGAUGCGGUACCACCAGCUGCAGUCUCGGCUGGCCACCCUCAAGAUCGAGAAUGAAGAGGUACGGAAAACGCUGGAUGCCACAAUGCAGACCUUGCAGGACAUGCUGACAGUGGAAGAUUUUGAUGUUUCAGAUGCCUUCCAGCACAGCCGCUCCACUGAGUCGGUCAAAUCAGCUGCAUCAGAGACCUACAUGAGCAAAAUCAACAUUGCCAAGAGGAGAGCCAACCAGCAGGAGACUGAAAUGUUCUAUUUCACUAAAUUUAAGGAGUAUCUGAAUGGCAGCAACCUCAUCACAAAGCUCCAGGCUAAACACGACCUGCUGAAGCAAACUCUGGGAGAAGGUGAAAGAGCUGAGUGUGGAACAACCAGGCCCCCAUGUCUUCCCCCUAAGCCACAGAAAAUGAGGAGACCUAGGCCUCUCUCAGUCUAUAAUCAUAAGCUCUUUAACGGCAAUAUGGAAACAUUCAUUAAGGAUUCAGGACAGGCCAUUCCACUUGUUGUAGAAAGCUGCAUCCGUUACAUCAAUCUGUACGGCCUCCAGCAACAGGGAAUCUUCAGAGUCCCUGGCUCCCAGGUGGAAGUCAAUGACAUCAAGAACUCGUUUGAGAGAGGUGAAGACCCCCUUGCUGAUGAUCAGAAUGAAAGAGACAUUAACUCAGUGGCUGGAGUCUUGAAGCUGUAUUUCCGAGGACUGGAAAACCCGCUCUUUCCUAAGGAAAGGUUUCAAGAUUUGAUAUCUACUAUAAAAAUUGAGAACCCUGCAGAGAGAGUGCACCAGAUCCAGCAGAUCAUUGUCACUCUGCCUCGGGCUGUCAUCGUGGUCAUGAGAUACCUCUUUGCUUUCCUUAACCACUUGUCACAGUACAGUGAUGAGAACAUGAUGGAUCCCUACAACCUGGCCAUCUGCUUCGGGCCCACGCUGAUGCACAUUCCUGACGGGCAGGAUCCGGUGUCCUGCCAGGCCCAUGUCAAUGAGGUCAUCAAAACCAUCAUCAUUCACCACGAGGGCAUCUUCCCCAGCCACCGAGAGCUGGAAGGGCCUGUCUACGAGAAGUGCAUGACCGGAGGGGAGGAGUACUGUGACAGCCCGCACAGCGAGCCGGGCACCAUCGAUGAGGUGGACCACGACAACGGGACAGAGCCACACACCAGCGACGAUGAGGUGGAGCAGAUCGAAGCCAUAGCCAAGUUUGACUACAUUGGACGAUCUCCACGGGAGCUCUCCUUCAAGAAAGGGGCCUCGCUCCUGCUGUACCAUCGGGCAUCGGAGGACUGGUGGGAAGGGAGACACAACGGGGUGGAUGGGCUCAUUCCCCACCAGUACAUCGUGGUGCAAGACAUGGAUGACGCCUUCUCCGACAGCCUGAGCCAGAAGGCCGACAGUGAGGCGAGCAGCGGGCCACUGCUGGAUGAUAAAGCCUCCUCCAAGAAUGACAUCCAGUCACCCACAGAUCAUAUCAUGGACUAUGGCUUUGGGGGAGUGAUGGGCAGAGUGAGGUUGAGGUCUGAUGGUGCAGCCAUCCCCCGGCGCCGCAGCGGGGGGGACACCCACAGCCCGCCCCGAGGGAUGGGGCCUGGCAUGGACACCCCUCCUCGAGCAGCAGCCUGCCCCAGCAGCCCCCACAAGAUCCCCCUCAACAGGGGCAGGAUGGAGAGUCCCGAGAAGCGCAGGAUGGCGACGUUCGGCAGCGCGGGCAGCAUCAAUUUCCCAGACAGGAAGGCCCUGGCUGACAGCCACCCACUGAGAUCGACCUGUGGAUCCACCCGGCACAGCAGCCUGGGAGAUCAGAAAUCCCUGGAAGCAGAAGCUCUUGCUGAGCACAUCGAGAAGACCAUGAGCACGGCGCUGAACGAGCUGCGGGAGCUGGAGAGGCAGAACACGGCCAAGCAGGCGCCCGACGUGGUGCUGGACACGCUGGAGCCCAUGAAGAACCCCCCGAUGGGUGCCGCCAACUCGGAGCCGGCCAGCCCCCUGCACACCAUCCUGAUCCGGGACCCCGACGCGGCCAUGCGGCGCAGCAGCAGCUCCACCACCGAGAUGAUGACCACCUUCAAGCCGGCGCUGUCGGCCCGGCUGGCCGGGGCGCAGCUGCGGCCGCCGCCCAUGCGGCCGGUGCGGCCGGUGGUGCAGCACCGCUCCAGCAGCAGCAGCAGCUCGGGGGUGGGCAGCCCCGCCGUCACCCCCACCGAGAAGCUCUUCCCCAGCAGCUCGGCAGACAAAUCGGGCACCAUGUAG